GCAUUGGUUUGGUGUAUUGGGGCAUGGGUGACUAUCCAAAUGCACUUGUAUUCUAUGAAAAAGCCCUUCUAAUUGGUAAAGAAUCACUUCCUUCAAAUCAUCCUGAUUUGGCUAUGUAUUACAACAACAUCGGUUCAGUGUAUUACAAUAUGGGUGACUACUCCAAAGCGCUUGAAUAUAAUGAAAAAGCCCUUAUAAUUCGACAACAAUCACUUUCUGCAAACCAUCCUGACUUGGCCAUAUCUUACAAUAAUAUCCGUUUUUUGACCACUUUUUUUCGACAUGACCCUCAUUUCAGUCGAGGGAAUGAAAAAGCCCUUGAAAUUCAACAACAACAUCUUCCGCCAAAUCAUCCUGAUUUGGCUGCAUCCUAUGCCAACAUCGGUAAUCUGUAUUACAACAUGGGUGACUAUUCAAAAAUAUUUCCAUAUUAUGAAAAAGUCGUUGCCAUUCAACAACAAUCACUUCCUCCAAAUCAUCCUCAUUUGGCUAUGUCUUACAGCAAUAUCGGUUCAGUGUAUAAAGACAUGCAUGACUAUUCCAAAGCACUUGAAUAUUAUAGAAAAGCUUUUUCUAUUCAACAACAGUCACUUCCUCCAAAUCAUCCUCAUUUAGCUUUAACUUACAAAUUCAUCGAUACGGUGUGUUAUAGCAUGAUAAAUUAUGCAAAGCUUUUUAUGAAUGUGUUACACAAAUUGGAGAAAAGCCAUGGUCACUAA